UGUUCUAAAACAGCCACCAUUACCUUUCCCUAUUCAGCAUAAAUCUUCUUUGUUUUCCCCAAGCGGGAAUUUCUGGGUAAAAUGGUCGAAGCGAAACUGAAAGUGUCUGACAAUAAUGGACGCCGGUAGCUCAUCAGGAGUAUAUUCAAGAACCAAGAUAUCGUCUAUCUUCAGUGGUAGGACUAGUUGUAAUAGUCGAAAAACUGACGAAUCUUUGACAUUUUCAGAAAAAAGCGCUAAGUAUUCUUUCAAUCUUGAUACACCACACCUAACAUUGUCAAAUAUUGGAACAACAAGCAGCAAGAUUUAUCCUGUCAGAAAAUCAUCUAGUUUUGGUGCUAAAUCAAGCAACUCGUCAAGAGCCCUUCGCCAACAUACACCAUUCACUGGGGGAAGUAUAAGUACUGUUCCAGGAUCCCGCCGAACACCAAGAACUACUGGUACUCCACAUCUUAUCCAAAGUAGCAGUAUCGUUGCUGUUGUUGAAGGACGUGGACUUGCAAAAGGUGAAAUAGGGUUAGCUAAAAUUGAUUUGAAAGGAUCAGAGCUAGUUUUGUCCCAGUUUUCUGAUGGCCCGACAUAUGUUAAAAUAUUGACAAAGAUGCAAAUUAUUCAACCAAUAGAAGUGAUAAUGCCAAACACAGCUUGUGAGAACGGAAAUAUGUCAGCUUUAUUUCAAGUUAUUACAGAUCAGUUCCCUUACACAACACUGACCACUGUACAAAGGAAGUAUUUUAAUGAAAGCAAAGGUUUAGAAUAUAUCAAGCAGUUGUGUGUUCCUGAAUUUAACACAGUAGAAAUGGAUGUUCAGUCAAAGUAUUAUUGCUUAGCAACCACAGCUGCAUUAUUAAAGUAUGUGGAGUUUAUACAAAAUAUUGUGUUUGCACCAGCUUCAUUGAAAAUUGUUUACAAGGGAGGUGAAAAUACAACAUUAAUUGAUGGAUCUGCAGCAAGGAGCCUGGAACUGAUUGUUAAUGCUUGUGAUCCUAAAAGUGAACAAUCACUUUAUGGUGUUCUGAAUCACACCAAGACUGCUGGCGGUGCUCGCUUACUUCGUUCAAAUAUACUGCAACCGCCAUGUGAUUUAUGUACUAUUGAGAGCAGGUAUGACUGUGUCGACGAACUGAUCGAGAAAGAGGAGCUUUUCUUAAAUCUACAAGCAGUACUCGGCCGCUUUCUGGAUGUCGAUCACUUGAUAUCAUCCUUAAUUCAAAUCCCAAAGAAGGAAGGCUUGAAAGUAUUUGAAAGAAAGAUAUCAGAGGUGAUAUAUCUGAAACAUACCAUUGAAUUGGUACAGACGUUACAUCAAGCUCUCACUGGGAGUGAAAAUAAUCUAUUUAAAGCUUACCAUAAAUCGCUAGAUGAUAACAGAUUCAAAAUUAUUCUUGACAGUAUUCACACAGUUAUUCACGAUGAGACAAGAUACCAAAAGGGAACAUUAAAUAUGAAAACUCAAAAGUUAUUUGCAGUCAAGCCUAACGUCAACGGUUUGCUCGACGUAGCCAGGAGGACGCAUUGUGAAGUUGUGGAUGACAUUUCAGAAAUGAUUAAACAAGAGGCAGAAUCGUCAGGUCUUCCACUUACUCCAAACUAUAACACAACACGUGGUUUUUACAUCCAAAUCAAUACGAAGGGUCAAGAGGGACUUUCUAAACAGUUACCAGCAAAUCUGGUCAAAGUUGUGACAACGAAAAAUAUUAUAAGUUGUACCACGGAGGAUUUGAUAAAGUUAAAUUCAAGAUUGGAAGAAUCACUUGAAGAAAUUUAUUUUCUUUCGAAUAUCGUUAUAAGCGAAUUGAUGAAAAAUAUCAGAGAGAAGAUUGGCUGCUUGUACAAAUUAGCCGAAUGCGUAUCAGUGCUUGACAUGAUCGUAUCUUUUGCAAAUGCUGCCACUUUGUCAAGUUAUGUUAGACCAGAGUUUACAGAUACGCUGGCAGUUAAACAAGGACGUCAUCCGAUACUUGACAAAAUGGUGCUUUUAAGUGGCCCGCCUGUUCCCAAUGAUGCAUAUGCUUCUGAUGUGUCAAACUUUAUGGUCAUUACUGGUCCUAACAUGAGUGGCAAAUCGACUUUUCUGCGUCAGAUUGCUUUGUUGCAGAUAAUGGCUCAGUGUGGGUCGUUUGUACCUGCUGAAUAUGCCUCUUUUCGACUGGCGAAACAAAUUUUUGUUCGCAUUGGAAGUGAUGACGACAUAGAAACGAAUUGUUCGACAUUUAUGUUAGAGAUGAAAGAAAUGAAUUAUAUUAUCCAAAAUAUCAGUGACAAUUCGCUCUUGAUAGUGGAUGAGUUAGGUCGAGGUACUGGAAUAGAUGAAGGUAUUGGAAUAUCAUACAGUAUAUGCGAAUAUCUUAUCUCUAAAAAGACGUUCACAUUCUUUGCUACCCAUUUUAUGGAAAUAUGCGACUUGGAAAAUAUUUAUCCCAAUGUUGAGAACUACCAUCUUGCAGUUCAGAGAGUAUUCAACCGUGAUGAAGCGAAAGAAAAAAUAUCAUUCAGUCACGUGUUAGUAAAAGGAAGAACAGAGGAGAAACAUUACGGUCUAGAGCUAGCAGAAAUGACAAAUUUACCGGAGGAGGUGCUUACAACAGCAAGAGAAGCAGUGGAAAAAAUAAAAGAAGCAAGGAAGGUAAAUCAAGGAACAUUAAAAUUGACUAAGCGAGAAAAAGCUACAUUUAAGCUGGGUACACGUUUAUUACAAGCUGCCAAGAAUUCUCGACUCGAUGACGAAACACUUCGGUUUUAUUUAAAAGGAUUAAAAACACAAUACGAGAAUGAGAUACAAGGAGGUAAUGAAGACUAGAGGUUCUCACCAGCAUGAAAAUUCACCAUUUCCCCAAAGAUUUUUAUAAUUGGCCGCUUCCAUUUGUUAACCCAGGUAUUUUGAUACUGACAAGACUGGUUUACAUGGUAAAAAAUGAAAAAUGGCUGAAAAUAUUUAGUUUUUAAUUUGUUUCAACGAUGUUAAUUUUUCUAAACUAAAAAUUAGUUCGAAUGUUGUUA